ACAGAAACAGGUGGCGUUGGUUGGCCUUUCGACGGAUCCAAAGAUAAGAUAAAAUACAUUUAAUUUCUGUCAGUGGUGCCUAAGUGUUGCCACGGGACUGUGCUGUCUGAGUGCGUCGUUGGAGCUGACAAAUUCACAUCUUUUUGGCGCUUGAAUGAGCGUCAGUUGCUAAGGAGAAGAGCUCUGAGUCGCUCAAAAUGGGCUCUGUGAGGGAGGAAGAAAUCGUCAAGUCUGUCUUUGGCUCGCCAUUGAAGCACUCGCCUGACUUCCAUGGCCCUUUGAAGAGACGCUCCUGCACAGAUAUUCUUUGUCUCUUUCUCUUCUUGGCCUUCAUCGGCGGUUGGAUUUUCGUCGCCACAUACGCCUACCGCCAUGGCGACCCUCAGAAACUCAUCUAUCCCACCGACUCCCGGGGCCUUAGGUGCGGAGUGGACGAAGAGGUCAAGGACAAGCGCUACCUCUUCUUCUUUGACCUGACCGAAUGCGCCAAACCGGCCGUCCUGGCCACCGGCUGCCCCACUCCUCAGGUGUGUGUGAAGGAAUGUCCGAAAGAGGACUUUGCUGCCUCCUACUACCUUGCCACAAACCGAGACCUGCAGGGCCUGAAGAAUAAGUUGAUCUGCAAAUAUGAUGUUGACGUUUCCAGGAUCACCAGCUUUGCCCAGGUCAAGCAGCAUGUUGACAACAAAGAGUGCGCUGCAUGGUACAUGAACAGCUCAUCACUGUCUAUUGCUCCUGGCAAACUGGACCCGAGCACAAACAAAACCCUUGCUGGACGGUGCAUUCCAUCGUUUUUCAUCAAGGCAGGCCAGGAGAUGGUGGAGUUGACGAUCAACGGCCAGAGAUAUGACAAGGACAACAUACAAUCCAGUGUGAUUAAGGAAGCCACCUUAGAGCUUGUCAAAGCUCAGGAGGUUGGAGAGAUGCUGCUGCAAGACUUGGCUGGAUCCUGGCACGUGAUCUUGCUGGGCCUGCUGGAGGCCAUGCUUCUCUGCCUGGUGUACAUUGUGAUCAUGCGAUUCUUAGCCGAACCUAUGAUUUGGCUCUCCCUCAUUGGCUCCAUGAUCCUCAUGUCAUUCUGCAUUUACUUUUGUUACGAUCGCUACACCUACCUGAGCGCCGUCCCGAACACAAGCCUGCCUGACCCUACGCUGGGAGACAUCUUUACUGGAAACUUCCAAGCCUACCUUGCGGUGAAAGACACUUGGCUCGUUCUUGGCAUCAUUGCUGCAGUCGUGCUGGUCAUCGUCUUGCUCAUCACCCUGUUCUUGCGCAACCGACUCAGAAUUGCCAUCGCUCUGAUCAGAGAGGCUAGCAAGGCUGUGGGCUCCACCAUGAGCUCCCUCUUCUUCCCAGUUGUGCCCUGGCUCUUGCAGAUACUGGUCCUCUCCUUUGGCCUCUCCGUCAUGGUCUACCUUGCUUCGACGGGAACCCCUGUCAACCGGGUCAAAGGAAUGGAUCUGGACAAAAGCUGCCAAUGCCAAAAUCCAAAACUUUAUCAUAAUCAAUUCAAUUGCGAAAAGGAAAGUUUCAAACGAGACUGUCACGACGCAAACUCUGGUGGGGAGUGCUUGACUGCUUCUUGCGCCUUCCACUCCUAUGGUAAAGACGCCAUCAUCACCUGGUUCCACACUUACAACAUCGUGGGUCUCUUUUGGGGACUGUUCUUUGUGUCUGCUUUCGGAGAGAUGGUUCUUGCUGGCACAUUUGCUACCUGGUAUUGGACUUUCAAGAAGGAAAAUGUACCUUUCUAUACUGUGACCAGCGCUUUCUUCAGGACAAUCAGAUACCACAUGGGCACCUUGGCAUUUGGCUCGUUGAUCAUUACCAUCUGUCGGAUCAUCCGCAUGAUCUUGGAGUGGAUCGACCACAAGCUGAAGAAGUACCCAAACAACGGCUUUGCUCGAGGCAUCUUGUGCUGCUGCAAGUGCUGCUUUUGGUGUCUGGAGAAGUUCCUCCGCUUUUUGAACCGCAACGCCUACAUCAUGUGUGCAGUGCAUGGCAAGAACUUCUGCAACUCUGCACGAGAUGCCUUCUUCUUGCUAAUGAGGAAUGUCGUCCGAGUUGUCGUCCUUGACAAGGUCACCGACUUCCUGCUUUUCCUGGGCAAACUACUGAUUGUGUCUGCCAUGUUCGCUCAGUGGUUCUGCAUCAUGAGUGGAAAGCUUCCAUUCGCAAUAGAGCACAUUCCCACACUCAACUACUACAUGGUUCCCGUGUUUGUCAUCACCAUCGGCUCCUAUUUCAUUGCCUCCGUUUUCUUCAACGUUUACGCCAUUGCUGUGGACACCCUGUUCCUCUGCUUCCUGGAGGAUUCUGAAAGGAACGACGGCACUGCUGAAAAGCCAUACUUCAUGUCUGCAAAGCUGCUGCGGAUAUUGAGCAAGAAAAACAAAUUGGAUAAAUUAGAUUAGAGGGAAGUUUCAUGUGUGCCAAUAUUUAUAUUUUUGUACCGAUCUGAAUGUUCUCGUUCUCUGGAACUGAUGAAAUUCCCAAUGUUCCUUGUAAUUGCAAUUCCCUCGACUGUCGCUUGGCUCACUGUAUAGGAAAAUAGAACCCAUCGUUUGAUUGCUGAAUUUUAAAAUUUGUGGUACAUUUCGUAGAUUAGCCAAUUGCAUAUUUCUUAAUUUUGUACCAACUUCAUACAAAAUAAUAGAGUUUGUCGUGGUGUUAAAAAUUAUAUUCAAUGUUGCAAUAGACAAAUAUUUAAAUACAAAACUUGAAAGAGAAAUGUGAUCUCAGUUCUAAGAAUUUUUAAAUAUUUUCAAUUUAAGCGACUCAUCAAAAUAUUUGUACUAACCAAUUGCAAAGAUGUUAAUGCCAAAUUUAAAAUGAUAGAUCACUCGAAAAGCGCAAAUGGUUGUAUUCAAACGUACUAAUAUUAUGCAUGUACGAUUGCAAUAAUUAAUAAAUAUAAAGUACGUAA